GGAGGUGGAGAUGGAGGUGGAGAUGGAGGUGGAGGGGCAGGACGAGGAGGCGGAGAGGGAGAUGGCGCCGAAGAAGUUGCGCAUUCGUGGUGAAGCGCAAGUCCCUGAUGAGAGGAGGGAGCCUACUAGCCAGGAUGCGAAAGCCCUCAUCAUCCCGAACGAAAAAGACAAUUGGACAUAUGACAAGGGGGUUCGCCAGCCGUCGAGCAUGAUUGGAGCUCUUAUUAGGCAGUACUGGCCGGGCUUUUACACUCCGGUCCCCGGCGGCGAGAAGAAGCUAGCCGAGACUUGGGCGGACUAUGAGGCAGCUCCUUGCCCGGGCUUUGGGACAGCUUCUGACGCCGUGUACACCAAGUUUUGGGUAAAGCAUGCUUCUCGAGUUUACUUCAUAGUUGAUGACCACACUAUGCUAACUCAUGUCUCUCUCACAAUUAUUCUUAUGCAUGAUUGCGGACCCAUUAUAAGGUGCCCGAUGAUAUGGUUGAGCUAGGGAAGGCGGUACUGACUAGGGCUUGUCAGAGGUUGACAAGGCAACAGUGGUACAAUCAGAAGCAUACCUGCAUCGGGCACUUCAAGGCUGAGCAGGGCACGAGG